AUGAGCGGGCUUGUCAAUGAUUGGAACAAUGGGCUGGGUGAAGCGACGGAGUUGGUCGCCAAGCAGAACGAGCAGCUUCAGGGCUUGGUGGCUACAGGACAAUUGUCCAUGGAGGCAGCUCUGGCUGGCUGGCUGCCGGCACCGCACGCAGUGAAACCUCCAUCGGCCUCUUGGGCUAGAAACUUCCAGCAGAAUUGGGGUUGGGCUCUCCUCAGCAAAGGUAGCCAGGGUGGAACCUGGCUUCCAUACAACCACCCAGAUAUAGCCCAUGCACGUCAAUGCAUCCGAUCUUUGUUCCAAAGCCAGAAAGUGCAUGGUGCCCUCUUGCUCAAUUUUGAUCAAAUGUGGCGCACUUGCUUCAGUUUUGACGGCAAGCUCCGGUGGAAGCCUCGCGAACUCGGAGGAAAGCGGGUGCCCAAAACAAAGGCAGGCCAGCGGGAAAGCAAGAAGCUGCACCACAAUGAGGUUCUUACCACAAGCUGGAGCGACGGAACCAAAGGGCCGUUGGCCUUCUGUAUUCCAGAAGGUGCUAUGGAUGCCCAGUCCAUCAAGUUGUGGAAUGAUGCCCAUCAUGGAACCAGCCUGAUAUUGACAUCGGGAAGCAAGACCCACUUCAUGACGUCGCAGACUCUGCUUCAAGUUUACGAGCAAUUGAUCAGCCCGGCCGUACAACUGCAGAGGGCGAAGCACUUUGUAUGGCCUUGGAGUGGAGACUCCUGGUGGUCUGAUCUGCGACGCCUGGACUGGCACAUUUGCGAGGAGUCAGGGAGAGGAGCCCAGGAGGACAGCUCGGGUGGAGAGAUGUUUGUAUGUAACACCAUUGAUAUGGAGCAGGCUUUUUACAAGUCCCACAACUUGGUAUCGCCAAUGAAAAUGGCUGGAGGCUGGUCAUCGCACGGCCAGCCAGUCGACCAAUUGCAUGGAGUGUUCCGCAAAGCCAUCCGUGCCCGUGACAUUGAAAGCGCUGGAAUGUUCGAAGACCUCCGCGCCCGGCCAGCAUACCACAUGGUCGACAUCAAAGCCUCUGGCCAACUCUCGUACAAGGUGAGACCAUGGGCCGAAGUUGUGCAGUUGACCUACGAUGCGUGGUGCUCGCUUGACAAGAAGGUUUUCGAAGCAGCUUUGCUCUCCUGUGGAUAUGUUGAUAAUGACCAUUUUGCCAGCUUCCAACCACUGGGUGGCCACCACAACAUCUCUGUGGACGAGGCAAAGGCGGUCUUGUCAGACAUCUUUUCGGAGUUGGGCUUUGGUUAUUCAGUGCAGCGUUGCACCCAGCUCGAAUGGCAAAUGGAGGACUGCAGUCAACAUAGCCUCUACACAGAGGGGCAUUCUAUGUUCAUGUUGUUUUGUCUAGCCAACUGUAGGUUUACUGAAAAUUGCACUUCGCAUAUUUUGGGUUGCUGGUUCCACUUCCAUGUUUGCGUGUUUUGCAGGUUGAAGAAAACCAUUGGGCGCCCUUCCCGUACGAGAUUGCUUCAGCGUAUGUUCGCACAUUGA